CCUUGAUGCAGGCUACUGCUACUGGCAUUAUCUGUUAUUAUAACUUUUAUUUUCCCUGUGUCUCCCACAGACUCAAACCGCUCCCAUCCCCCUGUACCCCCACACACUCUUGUGAGUGGACCAGUUACCACCCUCAACGACAGGGCAGCAUCUAAGACUGUUGGAGCUGAAGGAAACUGUCAUAUCUUCGUAGAUAACACCACAAACGGAAACAACAACAACAACAACAACAAUAAUAACAAUAAUAACAACGAUAACAAUAACAAUAGCAACAGUAGAAGCAGCAGCAACAACAACAACCACAGCAACAGUCGCUGCAGUUUCAGUCGCAACAAUAACAGUGAUAUCAACAGCAACCGCAACGUAACUUUCUAUGACUCUAGUACAGCCCAGAAGAACGUCGUUGAUCCCCCACCAAUCACAGCACAUCCUACAAGUGUAUACCCCACACGCCACAGUAAAUCACCUGCCGAUUCGAGCCACUUUGAAGAGUUCACCACUCGAGCGACAUUGUCAAAUGCAGGAGACAUUCCUUCUCUCUACGCGCCCACGCUAGAACGCCGGGUCGCAGAAUUGAGAGGGGACAAUCGACCCUCUGUCCCGAGUCACCAACCCUCGAGCUCCCCUCGGGAGACGCAACAAUUCCUCGACAAAAGCGCAACCAAGCCACCGCAUCUCUCGUCAGAUCUCCGUGUUCACGACAGCGAUUGUGUUUCCAGCUCGGGAACUUGUCGAGAUCAAAUUCCCACGCAAGAAUCUGUCGUAAACGGACCGGGCCAUUUGUCGACAGGUGAUAAAAUCGUUACAGUUACAGGCUGGACCCACGAUAACAAACGCACGACUCAGAGGGAAGGCACGCAGGAAUGUGUCACUCUAGGUGCUAGUACACAGUGUGUUUCAGAGCGCGUGUUUGUUGACACAGCACAACGGGUAAAGAAGGAGGCAGGAUUCAACACAGUAGAUGACUCAUCGUCCCUCUAUGACGUGUCGCCGUGUCACACAGCACUAGACUCGGGCACUGAGUGCGUUAUCACAACCCCUCGAGAAGGUGGAGUCGAAACUGCGCUUGUUUCAGCCUCGAGAGAUUCUGAUUCUCCCACACUCGUGAAUGACUCGCUCGUAGAUAGGCGAGUGACCGAACAAGAGGACGAUUCCCCUCAUUUGAAUACACGCGCGGGAAAUUCGCCCUGUGUCUGGUCUUUGACAUCGUCAAGGGACCUAAGCGAAGGUCAAGUGGUAGAGAGACGUGAGCACGGACGAGAAGCGAGAUGUGAGAAGCGAGAGAACGCGGGAAAAGGACGAGAGAACGCAGAGGGUGAAGAUGAUGCCAGCGAGUCGUCGAGUGAGAAAAAGAGAGAAGAUUUUUCAUCUGAACCAAGCUCGGCGUGGGCCUCAAGAGGCAAUACCCGGGGUGCUGUUCCCAGUGGUCAAGGAAGGGGAAAGGCCAGACCGGCGGGUGGUGUGAGUGGACAAAGACACAGGCUCGACCAGUGUCAGGAUGUGAGGAAAACCAGACCCCACCACUUCCCCAACAGGACACGGUGUCGCAGCUCUUCCUCAUCAGUGUCUGAGGCCAGUGAUAGGAACACCCGCCAAUCGCCCGUCGACCAGCACGCGCCUCCCCUCACACGCGAAGGACGCGAGACGGACUGGGCCGGGGUCAAGGGGUGUAAUCAGCGGGAUAGCCGUCGUUUGGCCGGAGGAAUUAGCGGCAAAGGCGGUAAGCCAUACCCUGGUCUGAGGCCUUUCGCAAAAGGGGACGCAACUCGAUUUGUUGAAGGAAGAUCGAAGGCUGUAAUCAGGGCUAGUGAUAAAACAGAAAAGCGAUCAGCGAGAGACGGAGGGGCACACGGGUCGUCAUCUGAUCACAGACGUAGCUGCGACCAGAGACGUAACUGCGAUACGACUACUUGGCCUAGUGGUCAGUCUACUGAGCCAGGAGGCUCCCCUCGCUCUACAGCCAGCGUCGACCGGAAUUCUUCACGAACCGGAAGUCCCAGGCGAGGUGUCGUUGUGCGCCACACCCGGGCCAGUCUACUACGUCAGCGGGGAGCUCAGUGCGCCGGCUCACAGAACGCCCCGAGUAGCGGACCUUCCGCCGAUCUUAAAGGACUGUUCGCCCCACCGCGGUAUUCUCCAGAGAGAAAUUACCGGCCACCAAUCCCUAUAGACAGAGUGAAUUCUGGUCGUAAAUCUUCCUCUUCUUCUCUGUCGCCAAAAUCCGACCGGAAUGUUACACGACCAAGACCCUCAAACGCUUCAGUGAGAAUGGCGGAGAAGGUGACUAUAAAUAGACCUGGGCACUUAGCAACAAAGAGAGUGAAUAAAACAGCGACAUUUAGUGGGUCAACUGUUCGUAAUGUGCAGAGAGAAAGCAGUGUGGAGUCUUCGUGUUCAGAACAGGUGGGAGAUGAUUCUGCGAAGACGACGAGUUUCGUUCGUCAAGGAGCCGCAUCGCAGAAAGGGAAAUCCUUGCGCGGUGCUUUGAAGGAGAAGAAAUGUUCUACAGGUGUCAGGGGAGAAGCCAUGAUGGCUACAGCACCUGGAGACAGAUCGGCGGCGUCCUUGACGACGAAAACACGCGAGAAAAGCGCGAGACAAGCCGGGGUGACUGGGGCUACCGUCAGCAAGACAGGAAGGUCGAAUGUCUCGUCGUCGUCGUCGUCGUCGUUUCGGACUGUCAAAAGUGACCCCGCCCACCCGAGAAAAACUCAGUCGGACAGUAACGCAACUGACCUUGACAUCGGCAAAAGUAAACCCGCACGAAAGACCCAAACAACAUCGUCCAUCUCGAGAAAGGUUUCUACCAAAGAGAACAUCUGUAAUGAACCUGGUUCUGCCGCUACAUCACCCCGAGUGAGCAGAAAACGUAACGGGAACGGUGUGACGUCAUCUGCCGACGUUCUGUCACCUCUGCCAUCACCUGGUGACCUCGAGAAAGAGGUCAAAAAGUUCAUUCUUGGGCACGAAGGUUCGGGUAAACGAAACGCCUCUCCGUCACCUCGGGGUCAGAGGUCAGUCUCUCGUUCCCCUGGUCCUAUGUCCCUCAAGGUCAAUCCACCGGGUGGGCGGGGCCAGAAAGGUCCUUCCAGAAGCCCUGCUUCGUCUACACGAAGUUCUAUAGAAAGAGAAAUUGUGGAUAAAAAUGUCCCCUCUAAAACUAGUCAAUCUACUUUAAAACCUUCGUCUAAAGCAUCUUCACCUUUAUCACCGUCAUCGUCGUCUUCCCAACCGUUAUCAUCUUCGCCGCCAUCUGCUUCAUCCUCGUCCAUUCGUAUGGUACCUCCAACCACAACAACAUCGUCGUCUCGUCCGCAGUCACAACGAUCGUCGUUAUCACCCUGUCCUUCAUCAUCAUCAGCUCGCUCCAUCCCCCACCCUUCGACACCCACCAAGUCAGCGAACCCUCGCCAACCUUCCCGGGACUCGCCCUCGCUCCUACCCGUGGCGAGGCGCCAACCUAGCGAGGCACCAAACACUGUGAAGCAUACCAAGAGUUCCUCAUUACCGGCGGAUCGCACGAAAUCGGGAAUUACCGCUGCUAAAAUUAACGAAUCGGGGAUUCUUGUUAAGGGCACGAAAAAGGAGAAAGUGAACGCAAAGAAAAGUGGAGAAAAAAUUGAGGCUCAAACUAAGAAUGAUAAGAGUUCUUUACUGGGCACUCGAAGUGGAGGCAGAGAUGGAGACCUGGAAGGAAGAGAUAACAAGGAGACUCAUGCAUUUAAAGCAGUUUCCGUUGUGUCUACAGCCGAUAGCAUUGAUCAAAUCGCCUCCCCCGAGUUCUGGAAAGAGAAAGACGAGUGUCCGAUACAGCGAGAGGGUGAGGGGGAGAGGGAGGAGAAGGAGGGUCUGUCCUCCACUGACCGGAAAGGAAUAUCGAUCUCAUGUAAUCAUGUGACGUCUGGGAUAGACGUUGAGGUGAGAGGUCACGGCGACGGUGAUGCGGUAUGCCCGGAGACUGAUGAGAGGCGCCUAUCUGGAGUGGACAGUGGCCGCCGACCAGGUCAAACGGAACAAAGCAUGGACAUUAACGGGCAUAUCGAUCCCGCAGACUGGACCGAGCUGAGUGAAGUGCAGGCUAUAAUAGCAGUUGAGGAAACGAGCGGUCCCCAGUCCGCGGGGGAGAGAGAAGAGGGCGGCUUUAAUCUGAGAAAGGUCAAAUGUUCAGAAGGCAGUGAAAAGGUCAGUGGAGGUGGCCGCCAUAGUGCUGAGGGCAAAGGUCAAACUAAGGUGGGAGGAGGAGGUAAACAGAGCCACCGGCAAAGCAAGCCAGCGAUGAGCAAAAAUGUCAAAGAUAUUGAAAACGGUCUCGUCAAAGAAAAAUCGCCAACUCGCUCGAUUGAUGAUGUUAAAAAUGUCAAGCCUACGAGAGCAGGAAAUAAAAAAGAUGUUGUCAAAAAAAUGUCUUCAUUGUCCAAUCCUGAGCAAACUUCAAAAGAUCGUGGAACGGCCACCGCUAGGUCAGCUAAAGUAACAGAAAACCCCAAAAGAAAUACGUGUACUUCAAACGAAGCACUCGGGGACGCAAUUAUUGAAGGCUCCGCAAAGGCUGUAAGGAGCGGUAUAAGUCGAAAGAAAACACAGCCUGUCUCGGCCUCGACUCAAAAGAAGACACCCACAGAAGGUAGCGAGAUGACUUCUAAAAUUGAGAAAUCUUCCUCGGUGGCCAAGACGUCAAAGAUUGGGCAAGUCCGAAAAUCAUCGACGGUUUCAAGUAAAACUUCGACAUCGAGCCGGACUCUUCAAACACGAGCUGGGCUCUCCUCAAUAGCCAGGUUAACCCCAUCCCCAAGACCUUGUUCGUCUGCGUCCGCUGCUUCUACCAGGGAAAGUUCUGUCGACAGUCGCUUCGACGAUGACACUGCGUCAGUGACGUCAGGCCGGAGCUCUGUUACGUCAGUGAAGAGCUCAGUGACGUCACACAGUUCUCGCGCGAGCGACCCCAGCGAGGCUCGUGGAACGAGGUCGGCAAGAGAUCCGAAAUCUGUUGGAAAAGCCACGAGUGCAAACAACUCUAACAAAAGUGUCGUUGAGGCCAAGAAAAACACGACUCUUACAUCAAAAGUUCCGACCUCCAGGUGUGGAUCACAGACGAUGAAGAUCGCCUCGAGAACUGGUAGCCCCUUACAGGGCGGGAAGGUCGCGAGACAGCAGCAGAUGGCCCACAACAAACAACACACCGAAGCGCCCUUGCCUCGGGGAGAAACAGAGUUCAUUAAUAGAAACUCCGAUACAAAAGCAGGAAGGAUUAAGGUGAAGAGCAAUAAGAUAAACACUGGAGCUUCGUUCGCGUCUGGUGGCGGGCGCGCAAAGAAGAAAAACACACCCUCAGCAGAUGGCAGAAGGGAAGUAACUGGUGAAGACUUAACGAAAUGCGCGAGUGUUGAGAAAUGGCAGAGUUAUCCCUCCGGGUAUGUGCCUGAAGGUGAGGGGCCCACACAAGUCGAGGUUCUAGGCGGUGAUGGGGAGAGGCGGGGAGACACCGAUGAGAGAGGGGAUGGGGAGAGAGAGGGAGACGCCGCCGAUGAGAGAGGUGAAACAGGCAGCCACGUGCUGGUUGUGGCUAGUGAGAGGUCAGGGGUGAGUGACCGCGGGCAGAGACCGGCUCGCUUUCUCACGGGCGGUGGAGAUUUAGUAGAGGGGUUGGCAGGUGUUCUGAGCCGGAAUGAUGUACCGGCGACUUCAGAAUUCAAUGGCCAAGUGGAUGCAAAUGAUGUAAUAGUUACCAAAGACAAAAUGAUUGUGGUAGAGGGAUUUUUGACAAAUGCUAAAAUCACUGAUGAAUCAGCUCUGCGCUUGGAGGAAGAAGAAGAAGAAGAAGAAGAAGAAGAAGAAGAAGAAGAAGAAGAAGAAGAAGAAGAAGAAGAAGAAAAGCAACAACAGCAGCAGCAAAACCAACAACAAAAUAGUAGUAGUGGCUAUGACGUUGCCAGUAUACCUACACUGAAGGCCAAAACAUCAGUGACACCCACAUCUCCCCCACCCGCCACCCCCCAGGUCCCACCAGGUGUAGAGAUCACACGUGUGGACAGCGAUAGCGCAGGCCCGUCAAGCACUCACGCCCGCGAAAACCCAGCACCCCCGCUAGCUUUACACCCGUCAGAUACGUCUGUUUUCCCCAUACAUCGUGACGAAGCAGCCGCGACUUCUCCCUCCGUCCAUGUUUUAUCGGAACUUUCGUCUUCAAAGCCGCUCCCUUCCAGAACCACGCCGCACCCCUCCCCUCCCAACCCACAGAAUAUCCCCGCAGAGCUGUCGGAAAACCGCUCACAACCCCUUUCCCACCCGCCCUCUGAGUCUUCCUCUUCAUCCCCCUACCCCGCCCAUCACACCCCUGCCCCUCAAUCUCCUGCCCCCCUCGCUCAGGCCUCGAUAAACGGAGGCAAAGAAAAGAUUCUGAGAGCAGCAGCAGGCUACGACGAGGAAGAAAACCUCUCGAACAGCUCUCGUAUUUCCUCAAACGGCGGAGAAUACACGCGGGGAUUGAACGGCCGAGGGCUGGUCGAGUUCAGCGUGGCGAGUCGAGGGGAGGGGGAAGCGAAAAACCCCUCACAAAGAAAUGAGCCGCCGCGAAGCAACGCCGAAAUUAUAUCUGCAGAACAAGGAAGCGAUGGUGAACGCGCGAUUUGCUCGAAGACAGUUGUAGAAGGGGAAAGCGCGUGCGUAUCGGGACCUGAACAACAACAACAACAACAACAAAAACAACAACAAGAGUUGAUCACUCGUAAGCGUUCGGUGGAUACUCACGGCCGCGGUGACAGUGAUGAGAGUAAUGCCUGUACUUCUCGUAUUGUUGUCAGUGGUGACGCUGUGACUGAGGAGAUAUCACGUGACGAGGAUUCUACUGAUAGAGUUGUGUGUCACGUGACAAGUGUGUCUUCUGCGGAGCGGUACGAUGCCCGGGAGUACGUGGCCGGACUUCUGGUUAGUGACGAUGACCACUCUAGAACAGCUGACCAACGCAUGGAUAGAGAGAGAAGAGAAGAAGACUACGACGUCGUAAACCGAGGUAAAUGUUCUUCCUUUCCUACUCCCUCUCCAUCCCCCGCUGACCACUUCCUUGAUAAUGACGUCAUGAAGGUCACUGCCCUUCAGGCCUCCACGAUAGAUGAGCCUGGCAGCAGCGCUAAAUCGGACGUUCAUUCAGAUAGAAGGUGUGAGGUUACAAGAAACGCAUCUCCGUCCGAACAUAAUAACAAUCACAGUUCUAGAAACUUCGAUAACCACGUCUUUGUUAGUGAGGGUGGGAGCCAUGAGGUCCAACAUAAUAGUGAGCGAUCCUUGACAACAACACCUGGGUUGGACUCGGGUCCAUCUAGAUCUGGACAACUACUGGACAGUGGUCACUCAAGAAGUACCGGUAGUGACUCACGCGUCUCUGAAACAGCUUUCCAGGGCCUUGGACUUGAAGCAAGGGCCGAUGAUGCUAGUGACGACUGCAAUACAGGUCUUCAAAACAGCCAGCACACUGAUCGUAACUGCUCAAAACGUAGCUGCUUAGAACCGUCCGCUGUCUCUCGUGACAUUAUCAAAGACCAGGGUGAUCAAUUUCAAACCCAAAUUAACAAUGGUCAGUUUGACCAUUUCCCAUCCCUCUCAAGUGAACAACAUGGGGAUUGUGAUGACGUGGAGGGGGUCAGCGCACAAUCGCAGGAAGAGUGUGAAGAUGGUGAUUAUGAUUACGAUAACAGCUCUGGUCAAAACUCGGAGGAGCUUUCUAUAAAGUCGUUUGCUGAAGAUACGAAGGGGGAGAAUGUUUUGGUUUCGGAGGGAGAGAUAGGAAACGAAGGUAUCGCUGAGGAAGAAGAAGGGGAGGAGGAGAAGGAGAAGGGGAGGGCAGGGAAGAGGGAUCUCCCAGCUAAAGUAGAUAGGGCGACGCCCAACGCUGCAAAAACUCUGGUGUGUGAUAAGACGUGGUCUGAAUCGCUCCCGUCAGCGGGAGAUAGCACGGGGGAGAAGCCACGGAGUUUCAAUAUAUUAUUUUCUAGCGGCGUGCCACACUCAAACGUGCAUGAGGUGAGGAGGAAAGAAGGAGAGGUGGAGGUUGAAGAAGAGGAAAGAGACAAUGAACAUGAACAGCGGAAAAGAGGAGAAAGAAGUUUAGAAGAAGUAGGAGGAGGAGGAGACGGAGGUUUGGUGUCGGAGAUAUACUGUGGGGAAACACACAGAGACAACCUCGAGGAGGGUGUUGGAGAGGCAGGAAGGAGUAAUUUGGGAUGUGAGGCGGGUGGCACGACUGUGUUGGUGGGUGAGCGUAGUGUGUACGACACGGCCAUGGAGAGCGCGCUACACCUCGACUCGGCUGGUCUCGGAGAUCUGAGCGACUCGGAGGGUGAUAGCGCCUGUCCUGAUUAUGAUAGUGUUAAUGAUAGCGACAUCGAGAGAGACCAGGAAAUGAGGUUUACUAGCUCAGCAGACAGGAUGAAGGAGGGAAAGAACGAAGGAGGAGAAGGAGGAAAAGGUGAUGGAAGAGAAGGAGGAGGAGACGGUAUGGAUGACUCGGAUGCCAGUUCUGAGUCAAGUUUUCAGUCGGCUACUUCCGAUAUCUUGUUGGCAGCCGCGGCGCCGCUCACUCGUGAGAUGGCGGAAUUUGAAGGGUGUGGGACGAGCCGGGCGGGGGAGGGCAUGGCGAGGAGAAUCCGAGAGGGAUCAGAGGACGAUCCGUGGCUAGAUGCACACUCGCCGGGGAGCAGUCCGGCCCGAGAGUGUGUUGCUCGGAGCACAGAACACACCAGGGCCAGCAGCAGUGAGGAGAGGUACUUGGACAGCAACAUGCCGCUUACAUCCACGCCUCGAGUGAGUGUACAACAGCAACAGCUACAACAGCAACGACGAGAGUUGCAACAGCAACAACAGCGACAACCGCACCGAGUUGUUUCUUCCAAACAACUAUCGUCGAACUUUGAUCCUCAUCAAGAGCAACAACAACAGCAACAACAACAACAACAACAACAACAACAACAACAGCUACAACAACGACACAUAAGCGUGCAGGAGUACCAGACGUCCAGCGGUGAUGCUACAGUGGACAUUACAUCUUCUGUCCAGACGUCGCUCACAGUGUCCACCACAUCAUCAACCCGUGAGCCACACACUCAACACGUCUUUGGGAAUAGAGCAGCGGCCAGUCACAUCUCCCACCAACCGCCCCUCCUCCCUUACGGCAUGACGCCGACGACACAGGAACGAGGGGUGGAGGUUUGUGAAGAAAGACGAGCUCAGGUUAUUGUCAGAGCUAGGGUGAGUAAACCGACUCACUCUGCCGCCAUCCCUACCUCCACCCCCAACGCCACCGCCGCCCCCAACACCACUGCUACCGCCGCCCCAACAACCCCCAUUACCAACCCCCUUAUCCCAACCCCCAACGUCACCCCCACCACGACAAAACGACCACCAGGACUGGAACCCCAGCCGUCGCGCGUGGUGUCGAGUGAACGUAGUAUUCGGUGGCCGUGCCCUCAGCCUGGCACCCAGACAGGCCAGCGGGCGGGAGGGGACGGUGAUGAGUCGUCCGACAGACAUUAUCAUACACCGGCACAGCUCACAGGCGACAGCGGCUCACGGGCACGCGACACGAGAGAGGGGACGGAACUGUCACCUCACCAGCCUGACCCAACACACGGUCAAUCGAUGGUGAGUGGAGACCCACACAGCCAAGCGGUCACUUCACAGGUGAUGGAUGUACGUGCUUCACAAAGUAGUAGUAGCCAACAGCUGACCACCGCUAGUGGAUUAUCUCGGAGUUCUGAGGAGAGGGAUGUGCGUGAGGUGGGGAGUGUGCCUGGUGCUAGCAGUACCUCUAUGGUGCUUAAGUCUUCUGUUGUGAAAACCGCCACUUUGAUUCUCAGUUCGGAGCAAGAUACACAACCUCGUCCAGGUAUGUUGUCCGAAUAUUCAGUAGCUUACUGCGGCUCAAAUGUCAGUUCAAACCUGGCUUUAGGACAGGUGCCAAAAUCUCUUCUUCCGUCAUUUUCAUCAUUGUCAUCGUCGUCCUUAUCAUCGCUCACAUCGACCUGUGAGAGACCGUCCCGUCAGAGAAGGUCAAGGGGCGAUAAGGUUCACUCAAAUCUACCAGUGCGCUCUAUGUCUGUGGAACCGAUGAGUUCUGCCAAAGUGGCCAUUUCCGAUACGACGAGGCGCUGUCCCUCCCCUUCUGUUUUCACGUCUUCCUAUAUUGUUAACGUUAACCCCACUCGUGCGAGACGAGAUUCAUCAACCCAUUCAGGACAGGCUCAAAGUCGAACGGAACAACAGCAACAACAUCAGUCUUCACUUCAACAUCACUCUAAACAGCAUCAACAACGACAACAACGACAACAACAACAACAACAACAACAGCAACAACAGAAACAAACCGCUCAAGGCAAAAGUACCGUGCCAAUUCGCUCAAAUCAACAACAACAAUUACCGCCAUCUGGUGACAGAGAGAAAUCCAAGGUCUCGUUCCCUCACACCCAGGCAGCCAAGAUCGCUCAAUCAGGAAAUGAGACGACGCAAAAUCCUAAGCCCCACCCCCACAAGACAGUGCCGUGGAACCAGCAGCAGACGGGCGAGGUCAAGGUCGCACACACGGGAGGCUCAGGUCGGACUUUACCACGCCCACCCACUAAAAUCACCCCCUCGAUCCACGGACAGCGGUCAGCAGCACCUCCUGUCCACCCCAAACCCCUGUCAUCGUCAUCGUCCACUGGCGAAGGGACCACGAGUGGGGGUGGACAACCAAAACAAUCGAGCCUGAAUAAAAUGCAGAAAGUCGAGGUCAAAAGUCAGAAGCAGUCAGGCAGAAGCAGCAGCCCCGUGGUUACCAAGAAAAAAGGGAAGUGGUUGGAAAAAAGUAAACGUUUCCAAGCGGAUGAGGAUGAUGAGUCCUCUGCCCCCUCCCCUGCCCCUGCCCCUAGUGCAAGCGACGACUGCAUUGCUCGUGCACCGCCAACAAGCGUUUCGGGCACCGGAAACAGCAAAAAGGUCACGGAACAGAACAAGGUCAAACUGCGUGGUUCAAAGAGCGGGCUGGUGACUAGCGGCUUAACAGCUGGUAGUGGGAAACAGGUCGUGACGUCACGUGACACGUCACCGGGAACCAGGCCGCCUCCGAAACACCACGAUGACAAUUCUCACAGUAGUGGCUCGUGUGUAGUAGUUGAGAAGACCCCUGGUAGUGGAGGUCGGAGGUCAGCGGGACAUGAAGUCCGCUCUGUCCGAAGACACACCCACCACCCGCAGUCGUCUUUGGCUAUCGAAAAGACCUGGUCAGUCGAAAGUGACAGUUCCUCUGACUCUUCUCAUUACGAUGAGAAUAUUCCUUCAGUAAUCGAUGGAGUUUUACACGGGAUAAGUCUCGAGCAACAGCAACAGCAGCAUCUUCAACAACAACAACAACAGCAACAACAACAACAACAGCAACAGCAACAACAACAACAAGCGCAGUCUAAAAUGCUGACAUCGCUCAGCGGGCAAGAUAUCAAGACAAGCUUAUUUGAAAGCGGAUAUAUCUCGGACGUGCGAUCACCCGUUCCGGAAUUACCCGAUUCGGAAUCCGCGUACGUUCACUUGUCUCAGAGUGACUCGGAGUACGGCAGUGGUAACUUUACUCACGAGAGACCAGAGCGAGAGAGCGGAAGUGUGAGCUCGUCGUGUGACGGUUUGAGUAGCUCGGCCGGUGGUAGUAAUGUGGAGCACACGGACGGAUGGAAAGAAUUACCCGUGUCUGUUGUAGUUUCGGGGAAUCGCUCGCUUGGGGUUAAUAGCACGACAAAGGUCAGUCAGGACAGUGAGAGUGCUCGUAUGUUCCUUGCUCAUGGUAAGAGCGAUAUCGGGGGAGGUGGAGACGGAGGAGUGGGAAUGGACGAGGGUUUAAUCAAAAACCCCGAGUUGUAUUCAUGUGAGACUGGGAGAAAUAAAGGAGAGACCGAAGCAGAGAAUGUAGGACAUGCGAUUCGUGUGUUUUCUGUUGGAGACAUAGAUAAAUCACGCAUGUCUUCUGUUCCGCCAAGCUCUGGAUAUAGUAGAACUGAAAUGCUUGGUGAAAACUCUGACGUCAGCGGAGGGAAAGGGCGUGGGGGAGAGGAUACCUUCUUCAGGGUAAGUGGGGAGAACAGAAUUGAACCAGUACAUUAUGUUACCUCCUCCAAGCUUGGUCAAGUUAUGAACGUUGGAGAAGUUGUUUGUGGUGCUGUGGUUGACCUUGCAGAGAGAAGGGAAGAUGUAGACCGGGGCAAAACCUCUUUUGAUCCAUCUGUAAAUCUUGACCCUUGCAAUGUAAAUGAAGGCGAUGGAGCAGUGGAAGGAGGUAAGCAAGGCGUGUUAAGUGGCUGGGGGUCAGAAGAGUUAGGUGAGGGGAGGGAAAAACUUGCUCCCCAGACCGUGAGUGCCGCCGACACGGCGCACGCGCCUGUGUGUGGUGGCGGUCAUAUCACAACCUGCGGCGCCUUCCGCCCGCUCGAGUCAUUAGCUCAUCAUCAAACUGGCCUCCCGUCCUCGGCGCGUGAGAGCGAGAUGUGUGUAAGCACGUGCGCGGUGGGGGGAGCGGCCGACAAUUACCAGCAGGCUCAGGGUAUACGUAAUGGUGAGCAACCCCACGCUACUCACCUUGACAAUACAAAAUCUCUCCUCCCCUCGUCGUCCGUAGCUCCUCAACACGAACCAUCUGGGAAGGAGAAAGAGCUUUCCUCAUCAGGCUUUCUUCUCAUGAAUGCACGUGCAACAGCCUCCUCGAGUCUAUUGUCUGCUCACGACCCAGGCCUGUUAACCCAUGCACGGGCGGGUCGCGAGGAGGGUGAGCAAGAUUGUAUUACUUCUCAUAAUUCUCACAUACAAAGCCCCGAGGCUGUUGCAGUGCCGGAUCGUGUGCUCAGCAAUAAAGUCAACGAGGGUCUUGAUGUCGCUGAAAACAGCACUCGUCACGGCACUACCACAAGCGGUGUGAGCAACAAUACGGAAAAAAUCUCAGCCCCUUUACCUCCUGAUGGGAGAAACGCGAGUUAUGAGAAGAAUUCUUGGAAACACGACACCCUCGGGGUUCAAAGAACAUACGAGGUGAAUGUCAAUGACAAGGGUAAGAAACCUCUUUCUGUGGAUGGAGAGGACGUUACGAGGGGUAGAUCAGACAGACAGAAGGAGGAGAAGGAGGUAGGAGCGGGUGAGCACUCGCCUCUUGAAGAGGAUAACAAAACAGAACCGCCCGUAUCCGUGCAAAGUGUAGUGAAUUCGGGGAUAUUUUCGUCUUCGGAUUCUAGCAGCAGUGAACCGUGCAAAGCGAUGACCCCUGUGUUAGGACGCGUGCCUCCUCCACCAUCCCCUCGUCGCGAUAAAGCGGAAAAACGCCAAACUUCCACGAGUGUUGGUGGAGCCAAAACGUCUGUCUCAGAGGUCGGUGGUAUUUCGGUAGACAGGUCUGGAGUAGCCGAUGGUGGUGGUGGUGGUGGUAGUGGCGUUGUGUUUUCUGACAGCCAGAGAGCCGCAUGUUCUACUGGUCAGUCCGUGGUGGGUGGCUCGCGUGGCCCCGUGCAGGUAUCGGUUGUCUGUCAGCUGGUGGAUGAGGAAGGUCACAUAAAGGUCACUGGCCCAGCCUCCCCGGGGCAGAAUUAUGGAAAAAACGAAAGAGCUUCAUUAAAACUGGUGGAGGGAAAACUUGGAGCUGAUACUUUGGCUCAUGCACACAACCCAAUGACGUCACCUUUGGGGAUAAGUGACCCAAGUGCGACCUUGACCCCUCAACUGAGUCCGGACACCCCGCGGAGGUCGCUGACGCGUCGCUCCGUGUCCCCGUCUCGUCCAGACGGCUCUAGAGAGCGAGACCCAGCAAGGGAAAAAAGUCCCCUCAUCCUAGAACGAGUCCAUGAGUUACAGAGGAGAAUAUCCUCCGGAGACGCCCCGCCGCAAGAUAUCGCUCGCUCCAAGUCUCCUGUUCCCCCAGAAGAGAGCGGGAAUCUUGAUCUCGUGAAGAAAAUCCUGACAUCUGCCGUGGCUUUGAACUCACCUUCUCCCACCACAGAGCCAAAAAGUACUCACUCUCUGUGCAAAGGCAUGAAAGCCAUUAGUCGGUGGAAGUCGGUUGUGAAAAAGUCGCGCGUGGUCGCCAUUCGAGAGUCGCUCAAAGUGAAACUAAGUGGUCAAGAGGAAGGAAAAAACCCGCUCCCCGGCGCCCCCGUCUCGCCCACCCCACCCAGGAAGUACAAAUGGGCCAGGGGGGACGCUGGGAUAUGGAAAAAGAUAUACUUGGACGAGUUACGGAAAGAAUCAGCAAUGAUAAGGGGAGAUGAGGAGUUUGAUCCGAACAGCUCUUCUGCAGAGAAAGAAUUCUCGACAUCUCCAGAUGUGGAAGUCUGUGAAGUGCUUGGGGUGAGAAGUACCUCGCCUAAGUUGAUUCUAGAAAAGUCUCCGAGAAAAAGCACAACACUCAGCCAGCUUGACUCUCCUUCUGAUAACAGAACGGGUGUGGAGAGUUCCGGAAGUGGCCCAGGAACAGCCAGGUCACGUGAUGUUGUUGUCACAACAGGACAACCGGAACAGGAAGUGGGAGGCAAGCAGAGUGUUGUGGAGGGUGAAGUGUCGAAAGUGGAGCCCUCUAAUGUCGGAGACAGGGGCAAUAACACCCUCAACUUGCCAACACAAACUCCACCCGCGGGCCUCACAGACGGCACAGUCACCGACAGAGCGGCGAGUUUCAAGACUAGGUCAAGUUCAGAGAUCGGGGUCAGUGGUACAGUUAGAAGUGGGAAUAGUUUAUCCCAGCUGGAGGACUCCUGCGUAACCAGGUCACAAGUCCCCACCGAGGGCGCAAAUAACAAAACUGACACGGUUCCGGUUGUUGGGAAAGUCUUAACAGUAGCAGGAAUGUGCGCAGUGAAUUCUCGCCCUCGGCCAGAGAGUCUCGAUCGAAUACCCGGCGCAGAGAACACGAGCACAGUGGUACAGGACCAAAGGACAGUUUCGAAUUUCGUGAAAGCCGUCUCGGGUAAUGGUGUGUCUCAAUCGAGUGACAUCGAUUUUUCGAAGAGACAUGUCGAUUCUACCCGGGAUAAACAGGUUAUCGAUGGAGUCUCCUCGCCACAGCUACCCGCGGUGAGACCACGGAAUUUUGGAGAGAGACAAACCUCUGAUGAAACCGCCAAGUCAGCAGAAAUGUCCCCAGUGGUUCAAGUUCGAAACAUCUGUCUCUCUGAGGACCAAAGCUGUUCCGGUCAGGUUGGGACAAGUGUGAGAAAAAGUAGUUUAAAAGGUAGUGGAGAUCCAUUUGAGGAGAAAGAGCGAAUUAAUGUAGAGGCAAAAUCGCCAGUGGUGGUACAAGGGGGAAGUGAACAAAGGCCAUCUCGUGAUGCGGCGGUUCCCCAUAAUAAUAAUAUCUCUUUGUUCCCGAUACCUGCACUCCCAACCGGUGGCCUCGCACAAAGCAAUGUGAGAGGAGAGGAAAGGGGAAGCGCUGGCGUCUUAUCACCAGGGGGUGAUCGAGUUACCUCCCCGACCAGAGGUAGGGAACUUCUCCUCGCCAACUCGCCACAAACUAACUCAAAACCUGGCCCGGCAAUAAAGGGACUUUCCCCAGACGUCAGUCAGGGUAACUCGACUAAACCCAUCCCUGCCCCUUCAUCGUCUGUGAUACAGGAGUCUAUUGAUACAGAUGAGACACGAGAUGUUCCGCCAGCUAAUUCUGUAGUGAAGAUGAGAGAGCUAGAAAAGGGAGAAAAAUCGGCAGUGGUUUUACAGCAAGCUUUGUCAACGAAAUAUGGCGAAGACGGGGAGGUGAAGUCCACGGGCUUUCAGCGAAGUACGCAAGCUGCAGAAAAACAGAAAAGUAGUUAUGGUGCUACGGUUGUGGAUGAGAAGGGUUUGAAUCUCGUGUCAGAAUGUCACACGGCCGCCCCAGCUGACAGUCAAAACAAACCCCCUGUCUUGUCUAACGCUUCACACAGAUCAGCUGAUCAGUUUUCCUCUGAGCCUCGGGGGAAAAACAUGAGCUCAGCCAGCAUGUCACGUCGAGUGGACGUGCGGAGAGCGGGGUCAGUACCCCCGUCAGGGAGCCCGGGUGAUAAUUCCGACAGCGAGAGCCAUCUACCGACCACGGGUCGGCGGGGUACAGUUGGAGAAACGCCGAGCUUCCCCGAGAGUUCUGGAAUGUGUUUAAGCCAAGAAAACAGCGAUAAGCGCGGCGGAGAAGGGCAAAUGCCCACUGUGUUAUCACCGACAGGGGGCGCUAUCACUGAAGUUGUAAGCUUAUCAACCAGGCAUGGGUCUUUAAGCCUGAAAAAAGAUGAUGAUGAUUUGGAAGAGGGUCUUCUUCCCCCAGUCAACACAGCGAGUGUCAGUCGUAACCUAUCUGAGGUCUCCGACAAACUCGCUUGUGAGAAACAUGAAUCAGACGAAACUUCUCUCGUUGCGGUGAACGCGAGCGGAGCUGGGCCAGCAGAGAGAGGCGAGGGCGAGGGCGAGGGCGAGAGAGAGGGCGUUCCCCCCGACAUGCCACCCCCUAGUGAGGACCAAGACCAGAAGGCACCAGGGAAGAAAUAUACGUGGCCGACAGUGGCCGAGAGUCUGAAGCGCUUCCAGAAGUCUAUCGCAGCGACCUCGCCGAGCAUGGGCCAUCUGCAGAGGUCCAGGGAACAGCGGUGCGUCACGAACAGUAUUAUCAACAACAACAAUAACAAUAACAACACAAACAAUAUGGCUGCCGUACGCAAGGACGUAGCCUUCAAAAGGCCAACGGAACAUGGGAGUCCAAGGCCAAGUCAGAAGGGAGUUCCUUGUGGUGGUAAAACAACGUCGUCAGACACUCAAGACGGGGAGAGGGGUGUGGCGGAGGUGAGACAAAUGUCACUGUCCGAGAGGAGACACGCAGAUGACGACAGUCUACCUGUGACCAACAGCACAGAUGGACUUGCGAGUGUCAAACAGAACCAGAUAAAACCGGUCAAACCACGUGGUGCCCCACCUCCUGUCAUGCCGAAAAGUGUGUCUGGGUUCCCUCGAACAACUAGACCAGUUCCUGUGCCAAUUUCUGUUGAACCGAGCUCACCUUUGUCCGAUAGCCCCAGGGCUAACAUCGACGCAACAAAAGAAGAUUUGAGCCAAGAACCGUCCCCUUCAGGCUCUCUCAGCCCGGUGAGGGAGAAGGUCUUACCUCCGUCUCCAGUGAUAAAGUUAUGUCCUUUAGCCGUGUCCAAAUCUCCACUAAGAACACCGACGCCAGAGAGGAGAAUCACAUCUAUUCCCGGAUUUCCUCCAAAAUCUGUGACACCGCAGGAUGACGCUUCUGUUCCUUCUGUGUCCACAUUGGGAUCUGCCAAAUCUGAUGAUGUCAAAGCCACGCCCCCAAUAGCUGCUCACAGCACACACGACAUUGUUUCUAUCUCUACCAGUUCAAAGGUCAGCUCACAAGAUAGCGAGAUAACUCAGGAAACUGUCGUUUCUAAGCUGAAAUCUCCAAAUGUUACGGUGUCUUCGACGCGUUCAGACUCCGCUGUGAGUGCACAUGUGCCGCCAGUAUCGUCCGUCCUUCCCUCCAGUGGACUAGAUCAAUGUCUCCCCACCAAUCUGGAUAUCUCGACACCUCACUCAUCACGUGACGCCCAGUCUCCGCCCACCACGUCCAUCUCCAUGCCUGAGGGGCGGGGACUUCACAAGCGAUUGGAAUACUCACCACCGACAACAACCUCGGGGCAUGCUCAGGAUAUUGCUGAUAUUGCUGCUGCUGCAUCCACUACCACAUCCACAUCCAAACCAACAACAACAGCAUCAUCACUUACACAGUCUGUAGUGCCGGCUUCUACAACUACAACAACGUCAUCUUCAUCAUCGACAACUACUCCAUUACCACCACAAGCAACAACAUCACCUUCAGCCAUGUCGACACCACCAACAAAACCAACACUUACAAUGCCAGUUACUUCAACAGAAGCUGCAGCAACCCCCACAUCUCCAAACUUAUCUCCACCAAAUCUAUCUCCUCCACCAAACCUAUCCACACCACCAAAUCUAUUCACCACACCACCAACACUCUCCCCACAACCAACACCACCGUCGCUUCACCCACCUUCAUCCCCUCCACCACAAACAAAAGCAUCACCGUCCUCACCACCGACAGCAACAACAGAAUCCCCAACAUCAUCCUCAUCACCAUCAUCAUCAACAACAACAGCAACAGUAACCAGCCCAGUAUCCCCGUCACCACCAUCACCGCCACCAAUAGCAGCAGCAGCCACCCUAGCAGUAGCAUCAUCCCCGCCAUCAUCACCAUCAUCAACAACAACUACAGCACCAUCCUCGAGCCCCAUGUCUCCGCCGGAACCUGUCCUGGUGUGUUCCCCCCGGCCCGGCCCCCGCCGCCACUCCCUCAGUGCUAAGCUCAUCAGCGUCUCUGUGUGGGACACCCACGACGGGGACAAGACACUCAGACCUUCCAGGCGGCUCUGGGACCCGGACGACAAACCGAUUUUGGCCGGCAUCUCCGAGGUGGAGGAAGCCCACGUGACCCAGGACUCCAAAGACCUUGACCCAGCUCCUCCGGCUGACCUUGGCCUUCUCCAGACUGGAGAUGACCCCGAGCAGAGGUCACCGCGAGCCUCCCGCUCCCCCGCCCGCCCGGCUGGCAGACCACGGCGCGCCCCUCGUCGGAGCCUGAGCCUCCCCACGGGCGGGCUGUCGUACGGCGAGGUGAAGAUCUUGUACAAGGACGGACACUUCGUGACGGUCGACACCAGCGCCGCCUCUUCCUCUUCUUUGGCGGCCUCGGCUAGAGGUGAUAAGAGAGGAGGAGGGGAGGAGGAGAGCGGGGUGAUACCAGAGGAAGGAGGAGGAGGUGCAGGGAGUGAGAACGCGGAUGUGUUUUCCUCCGGCUUUCAGAGAUCUGGACGACGGUCCCGGCGAGGGAGUGGCUCCCGGAAGAACAGCACGGAGGAUCUGGACGGGGGGAUGAGAGCGGAGAUUCUGGCGCUUCUCGAGCGUGGAAUUACCGACCCUCAGCGGAUUCUGACGGAGGCCGCCCUCGCUCUAGACUCGGGAUCUGGCUCGGCUUGUGCCGGGUUUGAUGGACGCAGGACGCGAGCUGGAGCACCGGUGUUUCUCUCGUUACCCCGUCGACGUCACAAGGGUCAGAGGCCGAUGUCAGUGGACGAGGUGCAGUUGUGGAAGUAUUACAGCAAGAGCCAGCAGUCGCUGGUGAGUCAAGAGGAGAUGGAGAGAAGAAGGAGGGAGGAAGAGGAGGAGGAGGAUGAAGAGGAGAGGAGGAGACUAGGCAGUGAAGGAGGUGGCAGAGAUGGUAAUAACAGUGAUAGCGGUAGCUUGAAGAGGAAUAAGAGUUUCACGGAGGCCAUGGGUUCGAAUCUGAUGCUGAACGAUGUGGGUGGUGACAGCGGACUUGAGCUCUCGGACACUGUUGGGGAGAGACUUGCGGCGGACGAGCUCAGAAGUGGGAAGACCCGCGGUGCAAAGGGACCGGGAUUUAUUCAGCGUAUGCUUCAGAAAAGAAAAGGCUCAUCAGGGGAGAAAUCCGGUACUGUCGGCGCUCAGUCAUCUUCAUCAUCGUCAUCAUCAGCAGCAGCAUCGUCAUCGUCGUCAUCUUCAACGUUCCCACCACCUCUUUUGACGUCGGCUUCAUCGUCGUCGUUAUUCUCCAGAUCCUCCCGAGACGACCCCCAGGCGUCGUUAUCGUCGUCGUCGUUGUCGUUGAACCAGCCCGGCACCACGUUUCCGGGGAAACACGAGGGUAGAGACUCCUCUGUCGGCAGAAAGAUGUCCUUCAAGGGCAUCUUCAAACGGAAAAACUCGGCCGAUUUGUCCACGAGUAAGAAAACAUCCACCUCCUCGGAGGAGCCGGGCAGUCCGCCGCUCGCCACUUUCCUCACCACCGACGACAUCGGACACACCUCCGUGGACGCCAGGAGGGGUUUCCCGCGUCAUGUGGGCGAGGUGGAUCUGCUCAGAAGGGAGCAACACGGGGAGGAAGACCUUUUCUCGUCUCGGGGCGGCGCACGAUCGCCUAGCCCACCGCGCGGCCUGAACGCGUCCUCCUCGCUACAUCGGAGCCUGAGCCAGGACGGACAGCAAGGCAGACGUUCUGUCUCACCGCGCGGCGACACCUUGCCGCGCGACAGCCGCCCUCGGUCCACGUCCGCCCGGGCCAGGUACCACCUGCACACCGCUGCCUCCGCCGAGCGGCUUGCUGACGUCACAGAUGCUAUGUGGGCGCACGCUGACUCCGUGAGCACUUUCACCAGGUCGCCGUCAGAGGAUGGAACCCUGACCCCUCGCUCUCCCUCUAUGACCAGCCUCCGAGACAGCCCCUUCGUCGACCAGGGUGACGUCACUGUUAUAGAACAAGGGGACGUGACCGUGGUGGAGGAUCAAGGGGACACUACUCUUGUCUCCACGCCGGCCGGAAGCAGCGAGAGAUUGUCUCCCCCUGUCUACCAGCAGCUCACCGCCAGCCCUCAGAGCGCGCGACGACGUCGCAAUGCGUCACGUGACGUGGCUGUGGGCGGUCACGUGGCGGACCGUGGCGAGAUCACGUCAAGCAACAGCAACGACUCGGGCAUACAGCAUGACGUCAACGUCAACUCCAGCGCCGAGUCCAUACAGAGCUCGGUCAAGUUGCGCAAGUCCAAGUCUCCCUCGCCGUCCGUGGAGCGGCCCAAGUCUGACGUUACUGUCCGCUGGGCCGACCUGCUGGAGCACGUCAUGGACACGGCGGCGGUCAGACAUCGGCGCGACGCCGGCAAACUUCGCAAACGUCCCAGGCCCAAGUCCGAUAUAGAUGAGCGUUUGGAAGAUGAGGGUCUUUAUAAUGAAGAGGAAGAUGAUGAUGAUGAGGAGGAGGAAGAAGAAGGUGUUGGGGAUGAAGAUGAAAGCGAUGAUUGUGAAGAUGAAGACUCAGGUAGCGAACCCAAAAGCAAUGGACUGUCAGUGUAGCCUCGCUAACAACGCAUCAUUUAUCAUAUUUUUUGUUUGCAUUGUGUGUCUACUGUUGUGUCUCACCGCCUGUGUGUACCGGAGAC